ACAUCUCACUUUUUUCUAGAUCCUGUUCUUUGAGAAGACUCACGAACAAUCACGAUUGGCUCAGAAGUGGGGAUUUGAUGAAAGCAAGAUUGAUGUACUUGGCAAGAAUGAAUUCUUCAUGCCUGGAAUGGUUGAUACCCACAUCCACGCACCCCAGUACUCUUUCAUUGGAACAGGAAUGGAAAGACCUCUUUUGGAAUGGUUGAAGCAUACUACAUUCCCAAUUGAAGAUACAUAUGCAAACCUGGAGACUGCUAGUAACGUGUACAAUUCAGUUGUUAAAAGAACACUUAAAAAUGGCACAACAACAGCUUGCUACUUUGCAACAAUUCACACUGAUGCUUCUAUUGUAUUGGCUGAAAUUGCUGAUCAGUAUGGUCAGAGAGCAUUUAUUGGGAAAAUUUGCAUGGAUAGCAAUAACACAUUUCCCCAAUAUAAAGAAAGCACUGAAGAGUCUAUAAAAGAAACCAAAAGGUUUGUUGAAGUCAUGAAAAAGGAAAAAUAUGACAGAGUAAAACCCAUUGUAACUCCCCGGUUUGCAGUAACCUGCAGUGAAAAAUUGAUGAACGAACUUGGCACAUUAGCUGAGGAGCACCAGCUGCAUAUACAGAGCCACAUCAGUGAGUCUCUCGCAGAGAUUGAAGAGGUGUUAAACCUAUUUCCUGGCUACAAGAAUUACACUGACGUAUAUGACAGAAAUAAGCUUCUGACAGACAAAACAGUAAUGGCACAUGGCUGCUACCUCUCCAAUGAAGAGCUACUUAUUUUCAGAGAAAAAGGGGCUGCAAUAUCACAUUGCCCAAAUUCAAACAUUUCCCUAUGCAGUGGCCAUCUUGAUGUCCAAAACAUUCUAAAGCAUAAGGUUAAACUGGGACUUGGGACUGAUAUGGCUGGAGGAUAUUCUACAUCCUUACUUGACACCAUCCGAAAAGCAAUAGAAACUUCGAAAAUUCUUUUCAUGGAGAAGCAAAAGAAACAGAAGGAAAACAAUGUUAUAGACACAUUCCAGAAAGGGAAAAUGGACACAAAUUCGAUCAACUCAAAUGGCAAAAAUAGCACAAUGGAAAUGGAAGCUAAUCAUGUUUUAAGUAUCAAAGAGGCAUUCCGACUUGCCACUCUUGGUGGAAGUGAAGCUUUGAGUAUUGAUCACAUAACUGGAAACUUUGAAGUUGGCAAGGAAUUUGAUGCAUUACUAAUCGACCCUGAAGCCAUAGACAGCCCCUUUGAAGUAUUUUCUGAUAUACCUAAAGAGGAAAUGAUCCAGAGAUUCCUCUAUCUAGGUGAUGACAGGAACAUCAAGGCUGUUUAUGUGGCUGGAAGACGCGUGGUGCCUUUUCUUACCAAUGCUUAGGGCUCUAUUUAUAAAACAUUUGUUGGAUGAAUGUCACAAGCAUUCUUCCAGGCUUCACUCAUUUUUCACCAUAUUUUCUCUAAUAUUAUGACGUCAUAUAAUCAUCAUCUCCAUCUAGUGGUCAAAAUGCAGUAUAUAUUUUUUAAAACACCUCAAUCAGAAAAUUAGACCAUGUGGGCUUACAUACAUUUAAAGAUAAUUGCAUAGUUCCUGGCCUCCCCCACUUCCAUAUUUACCCCUCCUUACCUUAUCUCCUGUCUCAGGUGGGUUUCUCAGCUACCUCAUGUCUGGCUUAUCCCUCCCUUAUUCUCUUCACUUCUGUUACACUCUCUGGUCUCUCUAUACCUCUCUCGCCCCUCUCUAAUCCUCUCCGCCUACUCUAGUCCAGCUAUAGAAUUGCCCAUACCCUUUACAUGCUACUUUCCUCUACCACAGUAUAGUCCCCUAUCCAGUUCUUCCUUAUCCACUUGUCUAGGACUCUUUUUUACACUGGGCGUUGGCAGUAAAGCUUCGCUAGUUUUAGCGGCGCAUUACCACUGUUAUAGCAGCGCUUUUUGGCCACUAGCGGGAUGUUUUAAACCCCCGCUAGCGGCCAAGGAAAGGGUUAAUAGCACCUGUUUUGCAGCGCUGUCAACGCACUUUGCAGGCGCUUCAGCUUCAUUAUUUCAAUGGGCAGGGGCGGUGGGGGAGCGGUGUAUACACCGC